AUGGAAUUUGCUUGUGGGUUUGUUUAUGUCCCGCCAGUGACUCAGAUGGACGGCCAAAGAUCCAACAGCAAUGUGAUUAAACGUUCAGCUCUACUCCCUCCUUGUAACCACGUUCGUCCUCGGAUGCCCCCCCCUCCUCCUCCAACAAACUCUGCAGAAUCCAAAUCGCCAAAAUUCCCCACAACUACCUCCAAGAUCUUUGAGCAGUUGGAGAAGAGCUUACUGAAAAAGGUUGUGAAGCCCAGUGUCUUCUAUGAAAACGAAGAAUUUCACAAUAAAACUGAGGCUGCCAUAUCCGUCAAUACAACAGGCCAGCAGACGGCAUCUCGUCAAAGGGCAGCCCUUCUUCCACCCCACAUGAAACCUGCAGACAACAGCCAGUCCCCUCCUGACAGCCAGCCACUCAACAGCAAUCAGACAUUUGUCUAUGACCUGCCAAUUAAAGAGCUAGAUUUAAACACCCAGCCCUGGGAUCCAGACUACUCUUACAGUAUACCAGAAGGCACUAGGGGUGAGGGAAGGGUUACAUCAUUUUCAUUUUCUCUGCUCUCAUCUCAAACCCAAGCCCCAGCCCUUCCACCAAGACCUUCAUUCAUGAAGUCGAUGCCAGAGUACCUGGUGCUGAUACCCUCGUCAAGCUCAUCUCCUUCAUCCUCUCAGAAAUCCCCCUCACCUUCAUCACUUUCCCACUCUGAUGGUAAGGAUAAGGAGCCUCUUCCCGGGAAUCCCAACGUUGUCCUAGUCAGUUUAGGGAAAUUACUCUCGGAGGAAAGAGUGCAGCCCAUUGUAGGUAAACCUACCUCCUGCUCCCAGUGUGGCUCUGUGCUGGACUCCUGCUAUUACAACGUGGUUAAUAAGUGUCACUUCUGUGGAACCUGCGAGUCGACCAGCCCUCCCAGUAUAGCUCCCUGCAUUAACUUCCUCCUCAACCCGGAUGAAAAGCCCCUGUGCGCUGCUGACGCUCUGCUGCUCUUCUGCAUCGACACCUCAGGCUCCAUGAGCAUCACCUCCCAGGUGUCAGUAGGUGAUGAGCUCGUCCAUCGAUCCCGUCUCCAGUUUGUGCAGGAAGCUGUGAUACAGUGUGUUCAGAGACUAAGUGAACAGCGACCAGAUGUAAGAGUGGGGCUCAUCACCUUCAACCAUCAGGUUACGAUGCAUGGUCAUGAUAACGUCACAUCACGUUUCCUGAGCGGAGAUGAGUUGAUUGACAGCGACUGUCUGAAAGAUGCUGCAGCCAGUUUCCCCAGUCCACCUCCACUCUCGCAGACCAAGGACUUCUUACAGGAACAAGUUAUGGGAUUAUCUGAAAGUGGGACCACAGCUCUGGGUCCAGCUGCUCUCCUGGCAAUUGCAAUGGCCUCCAGACAGCCAGGGUCCAAUGUCAUUGUCUGUACAGAUGGGAAGGCCAACACAGAGUUAGGAAAUCUGGAGGCGGAGGACAAUGAUGCCCACAGCCUCCUCUCAUCCACCAUCUUCUACCAGGAGCUGGGGGAGUACGCCGCUAAGCAGGGUGUGACGGUGUCUGUGCUGUCCAUAGAGGGAACAGACUGCAGGCUGGAUGAGCUGGGACGACUCGCCGACCGCACUGGCGGAAAAGUGGUGAUAUCAAGUCCAAACCGGCUGCACCCAGAGUUCGAACAGAUCAUUGACAACAGGACCACAGCUACACACUGUACUGUCACAUUACUGCUGCCCAAAUCCCUACGAAUGAAAGGAGAGAAGGAGUCUGGACACAGAGUGAUCAGAGAGGUAGGGAAUGUGGCCCCGGAUACAGAGAUCACAUUCCAGUUUGGAGUCAACGAGCUGGACACAGAAGGUGAGAAAGGAAACGCGUCGGCUCCAGCCCCUGGAAGCCAUGUGUGCAUCCAGCUGCUCAUCAGGUACCGGCAGAGGAACGGAGAGAGGAUGCUCCGGGUGAUAACUGCAAACCGAGAUGUUACUGAUGACAGCUCGGCGGCCCUGUCCUCCCUGUCUCUGGCCAUCAUUCAGCUCAACUCGUCGCAGGCCAGCGCCGCCCUGGCUGUCAGAGGCCGCAUCCAGGACGCCAGGAGGGAAGGGGAGCUGCAGAGGAAGCUGAUAGAGAGAGCCAUUGAAUAUAAUCACAGUGCCCAGGACCAACAGACUUACCAAGAAUGGGUUAUAACCAUGGAGCCGAUAUACAACAACAUUCAUAGCUUGACACGGAGACAAUCAGUCAUCUCAGACUCACAGCAGUCUCUAACAGACGCUGGAGCAGCGCUGCUCUACACCAUGAAGCACAGCAACAGGAAGUCCAUCUCACUGAAGAACAAAGAUAAACUCUAG